AUGCAGCAGUGGGCAAACGCUGCGAAAGAGUAUCCGGAGUGGUGGGCACAGAGUCACGGAGACAAUCUGCUGUUCCGAAGAACCAAGAGAAGACUGAGGAGCGAAUACGACCAAUCUCGAAAAGAUAAGGGCAAGAAGCGGGCUAUUGAUGUUCAACAGGCGUUUCCUGCUGCGAGCAGUGGCGAGCAGUGGUCAAGCCAUCACGAGACGUUGGGCACACUUACGAACCAGACAGAUGUGUUCGACUGCUUGCCAAGAUCUUCUUUGGAGAAUCCCUCGAAUAACUACCAAAGCAUAUCCAACUCAAAUCUCUAUCCUUUUUCUUCAGCGGCAAGGAGACAAGUCUGGGGUGACGGCCCGGGAGAAAGGUUUCCGACCGCACAAGGGCUUCUAGAAACGACCGGUAUGCCGAAUCUAGGUCAAGAAGCAGCGAGCGCAGCGAACGCGUCUGCCAUGUACCCUGAUUCAGAGUAUCAACCGGAUAUUUGGACAGCAUAUGAACCGUCACAACCUAAUUUGACAUUUGAGCAAGUCUGGGGCGAGGGAGAUGCAACUCAAUCAGAACGGCCGCAGCAUGAAGUUAUGCGACAAGCUCCAGGUUUGAACAACAUGGCGCUUAAUCUCGACGAUCCAUUCUGGAAUGAUUUGUUGGCAUUCAGCGGUGAUAUUGCGUUGGAGAGUAACACGGACACUGGUGAGGACGGUAGCAAUAAUGCGGCGCAUUCUCUGCGAUAG